UGCAACACAGAACAAGAAUCACACUCUCUCUCGGCUACUUCAGCUAUAGACAGCUACUACUCGGCUGGGGGCAAACGACAGCCAUGGCGACCGGAGAGCUCGCCGGCCUACGAGUUCUCGCGCCCUCCUCCUCCUUGUCAUUCGUCGCCGUCUUCCUCCUCCUGCUUGCCGCCGCGGCGAGAGGCGGCUCUGCGCUCACCCGGCGUGACUUCCCCGAGGGCUUCGUCUUCGGCGCAGGGACCUCGGCUUUCCAGGUGGAAGGGGCAGCUUCAGAGGAUGGGAGGAAACCCAGCAUCUGGGACACCUUCACUCAUCAAGGGUACUCUGCUGACGGUUCCACUGCAGAUGUUUCAGCGGAUCAGUACCACCAUUACAAGGAGGAUGUAAAGCUUAUGUAUGAUAUGAGCCUGGAUGCAUACAGAUUCUCUAUUUCUUGGCCUCGUCUUGUUCCAGAUGGAAGAGGAGAGAUCAACCCCAAAGGCUUGGAAUACUACAACAAUCUGAUAGACGAAUUGAUACUGCACGGAAUACAACCUCAUGUCACCAUCUACCACUUUGAUCUCCCUCAGAUCCUUCAGGAUGAGUAUGGCGGAAUACUCAGCCCCAGAUUCAUAGAAGAUUACACGGCAUAUGCCGAGGUUUGCUUCAAGAAUUUCGGUGACAGGGUGAAGCACUGGGUCACAGUGAACGAGCCCAACAUAGAGCCUAUCGGCGGCUACGACGCCGGAAACCAGCCGCCGCGGCGCUGCUCCUACCCCUUCGGCACGAACUGCACCGGCGGGAACUCCUCGACGGAGCCGUACAUUGUGGCUCACCACCUGCUGCUUGCACAUGCUUCAGCAGUGUCACUGUAUAGGCAGAAGUACCAGGCAAUCCAAGGAGGCCAGAUAGGGCUAACCCUCCUGGGUUGGUGGCAUGAGCCUAAAACCGAUACACCAGAGGAUGCAGCUGCUGCAACGAGGAUGAAUGAAUUCCAUAUUGGAUGGUUUAUGCAUCCUCUGGUACACGGAGACUACCCUCCGUUGAUGAGGAGUCGCGUAGGCGCUCGCUUGCCAUCGAUAACGGCGUCCGAUUCAGAGAAAAUUCGUGGAUCAUUCGACUUCAUCGGCAUCAACCAUUACCUCGUUGUCCGUGUGCAACCGAGCGACGCAAAUGACCAGAGACUACGGGACUACUACAUCGAUGCAGGUGCUCAAAAUCCAUUCAAAGAAGGAUUCGACAAGGCGCACUUUGAGUACCAUCCCUGGGCUCUUGGCAAGAUGCUGGAUCACCUGAAACUCGAGUAUGGCAACCCCCCGGUGAUGAUCCACGAAAAUGGCGUCGGAGACUCGCCGGAGGCCGCGGGCAAGAUCGACUACGACGACGGCUUCAGAUCGGAGUUCUUGCAGAGCUACCUGGAAGCUCUGUACCUGUCCAUACGGAACGGAUCGGACGCGCGGGGAUACUUCGUGUGGUCGCUGCUCGACGGGUUCGAGUUCCUGUUCGGCUACGGCGCGCGGUUCGGCCUGUGCGGCGUCGACUUCACCGCGGCGGCGAGGACGAGGUACGUCAGGAGCUCGGCGCACUGGUACUCCGGCUUCCUCCGCGGCGGCGAGCUCCGGCCGGAGAAACCGUACGUCUCAUCCUGAGUUAGGAUACAUAAGAUGAUAAGAAGAUGUAUGGCCAAUGCUGGCAAGUUAAUGUGGUAAUAGAAAUUACCAUAUUUGUAAUAGAAACGUCUGUAGUUCUUCUAUCUAGCACCAUAGGAAUUGUGAUUCUCUACCGCAAUGUACCGUAUUUUUGUCACUGACAGGUGGACCCAAUGUACUUGCGGAGAAACAUAAUCCGUAUCACAAAUGGUGGAUUACUAUGUUUGAAGUCUCACCACUUAUUAAUAACACUUGAUAUUGGAUCUUUC